AUGUCGAUUACGCUGGAAACGGACCCCAGGAUCCCUUUGCCGACUGCUGAGAUGAGGAAGAUCUACGAGCUCAAGGGCGAGAUGUUUGCCGAGAAGAUAGGGAUGCAGGAUAACCGUAUGCACAUUGGGAUACGCCGGCUCCUUGACGCUUCGAGGCACUGGGAAGAACCAGAAUGUUUCUCGUUGGACAAGGUUUGUAACGAGCUGGGCAUCGGCGGCGCUGCUCGAAGAGAGAUGUGCGAUAGAUUCAAGAUCCAGAACCGGGCCUUAGUGGAUGUCAAGACUGUGCUCAUGCUGAUUGUUGCUUCUCCAAACGAGGGCGAAGCAAGUGUCAAGUACACAAACUCAGGAGUGAGAAAGCAUCCUCUCAAGGAUUAUCGGACCAGCAUCAUCAACGUUGCGACAGGAGGACUUCUUCCCCUCCCCAUCCUCAAGCGAAUCGCCAUGUUUCCAGAGGAUCUCUGCACAUGGAAGAGGGAAGGUGCCGUGAAACCCUCGAUUGAGGUGCUCGCGGAGAUCUACCUUCACUACUGCAACGGAGACAUUGAAAGUUUCACUUCAAACGCUUUCAAAUUGCAUCACUACCUCAUGCACACAAAUGUGUAG